AUGGAUGACGAGGAAGCAUAUCUAUAUGGGUCAGAUGACGAAGAUUCUGUACCGCAGAAGAAACAGAAGGUUGAAAGUAGUGAAACGACUGAUGAAACAUCAAGAGCAGAAAAAGAAAAAGGACAUGAUUUAGAGGAAAAAGAGGAAGACAGUGGCGAGAAUGAUGGGGAUACUUCAGAGGAAGACUCUGACGAUGAUAUUGAUAUAAUUAUUGGGGAUGCACCAAAGACUUCUGACUCUGUGACUACUUCUGGUCCUCAGAAUGACACGAUGAGCGCUUUAACCGAUGUGGAUGACGAGGACAACAAAAGAUCUAUUACAACAAUAGUUUCAAACGAUCAAAUUGGAAAACAGUCUACUAUAAAUAUAAACGAGGUAGCACAGCUUGAUGGAAAGCCUUUGACACAGGUUGAUCUUGAAAAAUUGAAAGAUAAACCAUGGAGGUUUCCCGGUGCUGAUAUUUCGGAUUAUUUUAACUACGGUUUUGACGAAUUCACAUGGACAGCUUAUUGCUGUAAGCAGGACAAAUUAAGAGGCGAAUUCAAUCCACAGAAGGUUAUGGCCCAAUUACUAAACAGUGGGCUUCCACAACAAGGCUCUGGAACUCCAAAGGCAUCAAAUAUGUCUCCACCAGUUGGUAUGCCACCGAUGGGUAUGAUGCCUCCCGGAAUGCCUCCUAUGGGAAUGAUGCCUCCUAAUAUGCCAAAUAUGCCAAACAUGCCAAGCAUGCCAAACAUGCCAAACAUGCCAAACAUGCCAAACAUGCCAAACAUGCCAAAUAUGCCAAGCAUGUCAAACAUGCCGAACAUGCCACCGUCGAUGCAUGGGCUCCCUAAUAUGCCCAAUUUGCCUAACAUGCCAAAUUUCAUGAAUGGAAAUAAUAAUGGUAAUUUUGGACUCCCGCCGCCGCCACCACCACCCCCUUCUAAUUCUGCUCAAAGAAAAUAA